ACACAGACACAUACGCCUCACACUCUCUAUCAGUCACGUCAGGCUCGGUGGAUCACGGUAGCACUAGCUUCAGCUAGCCAGCCUCUGCCACUCCGGGCAUUUUCUUGCAUCCACGACGGCAAUGGCCACCGCUGAUGUCCAGAACCCGACGGCCGCGCUGACGGAGGAGGCGCCCACGGUGGAGACGCCCGUCGCCGCCGAGGAGGUCGCGAAGACGGAGGAGGCCCCCGCGCCGGCCGAGGCCGAGGUCAAGGCGCCUGCUGCCCCCGUCGAGGUCGAGGAGACCAAGGAGGUGGCACCUGCCGCCGCUGAGACGGAGGAGGCCAAGGAGCCCGAGCCAGCAGCUGCGGCCGAGCCGGAGGCCGAGGCCCCCAAAGAGACAGAGGCGCCAGCCGUGGUCGAGACAGAGACCAAGGAGGCCGUGGCUGAGGCAGAGCCAGCGGCGCCCGAGGAGGUGAAGGAGGAGGCCGCGCCUCCUGCCGAGCCAGAAGCACCGGCCGUCGCCGAGGAGGCACCGGCUGCACCGGAGGAGGCGCCCGCGGCCGCGGCAGAGGAGCCGGCCGCCGCGGUGGCCAGCGUCAGCGUGUGAGGCGCCGGCGCGCGCGGAGGAGGAGCUGGCCGGGUCAGCUUCCACGGCGGCGGCCGUGUGCUCCUACGUGGCACGGCGUGAUGCUGAGUCAGCCAGUGGAGUGGAGUGGAAUGAUACUUUUUACUAGGUGUGGAGUGGGAGUGCUAUGCGCGGGGUCGCGUGACGUGGGCUAAAUAAAAGUGUUGUCGGGUCGGGUCGACGCCCAGUGUCGGUCAGCAGCGAGCGACGCAGUGCCACUCUCGCCGGCCUGCGUCUGCGUCUGCUUAGCUGGAGCCUUGUUACGGUGUGUGUCACAGUGUCAGUUCCACCUAUGAUCGAUCGGUAUCCUAACCGGUUUGCGUUA